AUGGAAGCGCAGGUGUCCAGACUCGCCGACAAAGUCUGGGAGCGAUUCCAGCAGAUACCGGAGGAUCGUCGUUUUAUGAUCGCAAUCGCAGGCAUCCCAGGCUCAGGCAAAACAACCCUCUCCCAAAAAGUAACGUCCGCCCUCAACGCACGCCACGCCACCCUGCACCCCGAGCUCCUUGAGUCAGUGCCCGUAGCCGUCUUUGUCCCUAUGGACGGCUACCAUCUAACCCGGGCCCAACUCUCCGCCAUGGAAGACCCGGUAAAUGCCCACGCCCGCCGCGGCGCCGAAUUUACCUUUGAUGGGGCCUCAUACCUGGCACUCAUCGAAUCUCUCCGUGUACCCCUCUCAUCCUCCACAAAGCCCAUGUACGCGCCCUCCUUCGACCAUGCCGUCAAGGACCCCAAGGAUAACGAUAUCCCGAUCUUGCCAGGGCACAGGAUCGUGGUGUUUGAGGGGAAUUACCUGACGUUGGAUCGGAAGCCGUGGAGUACGGCGGCGGGGCUGAUGGAUGAGAUGUGGUUUGUCCAGGUCGGUUUUGAUGUGGCGAAGCGGAGGUUGGUAAGGAGGCAUGUGUUGGCGGGCAUUGCGAAGGAUGAGGAGGAGGCGGGGAAGAGGGCAGAUGAAAACGAUUUGAUUAACGGGCAGCAGAUUGUGGACGAGAUGAUGGAGGUUGAUGAGGUGGUUAUUAGUCGGGAGGAUGGGGAGUGGGGGGAGCUGUAA